ACAAUAAUCUCAAACCAUCUUCAAGAGCCCUUACCCACUUACCCUAAGCCGGUUUUAACCAAAGAAGACCAAGAAGUCGACGAGAAAAUGGUGAGCUUGCAAGCAGAGAGUAUUGUCAACACCGUGGCUUUCCCCAUGGUUCUCAAAGCAGCCUUGGAGCUUGGCGUCAUUGACACGAUCGGUGCAGCAGGCAACGGCGCGUGGCUCUCACCGUAUGAGAUAGCCCGUAGUCUCCCAGCCAAACCCACCAACCCGGAGGCGCCAGUGUUGCUUGACCGGAUCCUGCGGUUACUCGUCAGCCACUCGAUCUUGAAGUGUCGUAUGAUUGUAAGUAAAGAAAACGGUCAAACCGGAACGAUGGAGAGGGUGUAUGCAACCGAACCGGUUUGCAAGCAUUUCUUGAAAGAUAGUGACGGUUCUGGUUCUCUUGUUUCUCUAUUUAUGUUGUUCCAGAGUGAAGUGUUUUUCAAGACAUGGACAAAUCUUAAAGAUGUGAUAGUAGAAGGAAGAGAUGCAUUCAGCUCUGCCCACGGCAUGAAACUUUUUGAAUACAUUAAUUUUGAUGGACAAUUUGCUAAAGUGUUUGAUCGUGCCAUGUCAGAACCUUCCACCAUGAUUUUGAAAAAGGUUCUAGAUGUUUACAGGGGAUUUGAAGAUGUUAACACUUUGGUGGAUGUUGGAGGAGGGAGUGGCACUACAUUAGGUCUAGUCACUUCCAAGUAUCCUCAUAUCAAAGGAGUGGAGCAUGUAUCUGGAGACAUGUUUAUGGAAGUUCCCAAAGGAGAUGCAAUAUUUAUGAAAUGGAUGAUACUACAUGAUUGGACGGACGAACUUUGUAUAAAGCUUCUAAAAAAUUGUUGGAAGAGUCUACCGGAAAAUGGAAAAGUGAUCAUUGUAGAUUUGAUUUCACCAACAGAACCAAAGAGUGGUGAUUUUUCCAACGGAAAAUGGAACUUAUUUUUAUUUUUGCUGAUGAGUUUUCUUGCAUGUAAUAUGGUUUUAUGGUAUUAGCUUGUUCAAUUUUCUUUUCAAUUAAUGGUGUUU